AUGUCGAGGCAAUCUAACUUUCCUGUGACAGGGCAGCAGGUCUCAGAGAGGGGAGAAGCUGGCGAUGUGAUACAUCUUGACUGCAGUGAGGCUUUUGAUGCUGUUUCAUACGGCAUUCCCAGGAGCAAGGUGGGGGAAUACGGUCGAGGAGACAUGCUUGAACUGGAGCGUCUGAGCAACCUAGUUGGUAAACCAUCUGAGAACCAUCCCCUGCACAAUAGUGGACUGUUGAGCCUAGAUCCUGUUCAGGACAAAACACCUCUUUACAGCCAACUUCUUCAAGCCUAUAAAUGGUCAAAUAAGUUGCAGUACCAUGCCGGGCUAGCAUCUGGCCUUUUGAAUCAGCAGUCUUUGAAACGUUCAGCCAACCAGAUGGGAGUAUCUGCAAAACGCAGACCGAAAGCCCAGCCAACAACUCUUGUCUUACCUCCUCAAUACGUCGAUGAUGUGAUCAAUCGCAUUGAUAGGAUGUUCCCUGAAAUGUCUAUCCAGCUAUCCCGGCCAAAUGGAACCUCGGCAAUGCUUCUGGUUACGUUAGGAAAAGUGUUGAAAGUGAUAGUGGUGAUGCGGAGCCUCUUCAUUGACCGGACAAUAGUAAAAGGGUACAAUGAAAAUGUCUAUACUGAGGAUGGCAAGGUAGGUUACUGUAUAUCCAACAACAUUAAAUAUUAUUUUUACCUG